AUGAGUGGAAGCAGCUCCCCUGACUAUAAAGCACUUUUUCUCAAGGCAGAGGAGAGAAGGAAGUGGGCAGAAGAACGCCAAAAACAGGCAGAAGACAGGGAGAAGCAGGCAGAGGAGGAGAGGAAGCUCGCGGAGGAACUCCAGAGGCAGGAAGCCGAGCUGAGAAAGCAAGCAGAGGAACGGGAGUGGCAAGAGAGGGAACGCAACCGACCGACGACUUUUCCAGAGUUUAUCCGAUAUUGCCAUGAUCUUCUUUGGAGGCCCCUACGAGCGCAAACACCGUCUCGCUCCACGACGGGCAAAAUCCCUUCUCCCACCGGAAAACACUGUCCUUUACGACUCCUCCCGUGGACCGACUGUGAAGCUAAACAACAGGAAAUCUACGAUUCUGUUUGCCGCUACCUUCAACCGACACAAGAGGACGCGCGACAGUUAUUCACGCCACUAGUUGCAUUGGAAGAUCAUGGUCGUCGAUUUGCGCGUCGACCGAUUAGCAGUGAACAGGACCUCGAGACCUAUGAGCGACUUGCCGUUGAAGACCAUGUGCACGAUAUCGUCGCGGAGUUAUGCAAAAUACCAGGUGCUCGUGAGGAGUUUUGUUUAGGUAGCGGAGUGUGGUUCGACAAUCACGCCAACGCCCUGGACGGGGAUGAUGGAAUUGAUGCUAGCCAGCCAUCAACGACAAACCCUUCGAAGCCGGAUCAAUUCUGCAUUCACCGGGUGGACGGGACUACGAGUACCUUGCUCACUACAGUCGAAUACAAACCACCCCAUAAGCUCUCCGUGGCGAUUUUGCGUGAGGGACUUCGGCCGAUGGACUUUUGGCACGAAAUUGUAGAACGGGAUACUGUUCCGACUGAAGAACCGCAAAAGUCAAGAUAUAACGCCGCUCGGCUGGCCGGGUCCGCCAUUGUUCAAGAGUUCCACGUGAUGAUUCAAGAGGGUCUCACGUAUUCAUAUUUAACGAACGGCCUAAUGGACGUCCAGCUCUGGGUGCCCUACGACGACCCAACCACCCUCUAUUACCAUCUGGGUGACCCCAGUAUGUGUGGAAGACCUGGAUCUCCCAUGACUCGAAUUGAGAGAACUCUAUGCCUUUGUUUGAUGAGUUUUCGCACUCCUCUUCGUGAUCAGGCCUGGCGGAAUGCCGCCGAAGACGAGCUACCGAAAUGGCGCACGAGUUUUGAUAGCGAGCGUUCCCAUAUCCCAUCGACAGCAUUACCACAGAACCCGAACGUAGACUAUGCUACCUCUGAAUAUAGUAGCCCGGAGCAAACUACAUCCGAGUACCUACCUUCAUUGUCUCCUACAGGGUCUCCUGUCACCAAAGGUCGUCGAGUACUUACACGAGCGGGCUCUGGCUGCGCGCCAUUAACCCAACAAAAUGUCCGAGAGGAUUCUCCUGAUUCUGAGGUAGACCGCACCGCAUCUGUGGGACGGAAGCGGGGGUUCAGCCAGGUCACAUCGUCCCCUACAACCAAACAAUCUGCACUUCAGACAAGUCCCCAAGGGAACCAAAGCGGGCAAUCUCGUACACUUGUUGCUCGAUAUUGCACACAAAAGUGCCUUGUCGGAUUACAGCAGGGCGGUAUGCUAGAUCAAGACUGUCCAAAUACGGAGCUGCAUAUGCUUAGCGGAAAUAAGGACCGCCACCCAAUCAGUGCAGCUGACCUUGUGAUAAAACUUAAGGAGCAGCUCGAUCAGGAUCUGGAUCAUAACUGCACUCCAAUAGGCUCUUGUGGUUCAUACGGUGCACCAUUCAUGAUUACUUGUGCCACUUUUGGAUACACUGUUGUUGGGAAAGGGACGACUUCGAGGCUCUGGGCGGAGGUGUCACGCGAAGCAGAGGUCUACCGAGUUCUCCAGCGUGCCCAAGGAUCGGCAGUUCCAGUCUUUCUCGGUGCUAUCAAUUUGGCCCAAAUCUACUUUCUUCACGGCGCGGGGAAAAUCCGUCAUAUGCUACUGAUGGGCUGGGGUGGUAUAAGCGUGAGCCAUAUGACUCGCGACAAAGCCAUUCAGCGUGCGAUUUCUCGGUCGGUGAAGGAGAUCCGCUCUUUAGGAAUUUGUCAUCAGGAUCUUCGCCCGGAAAAUAUUUUAUGGAAUGCUGAGCUCAAACGAGCCUUGAUUAUUGAUUUCCAUCGGAGCACACUGGAGCGCCGGCCGAAGCACAAGCGACCAGUCCUUCUCAAACGACUACAAUGUGGUUCUGAAGAACGUGAAUCAAAAAGAUUGCGUGUCGGGUAA